AUGACAUUGUCCGGUGGGUAUCACUCCUCCCUACACGCCAAGUUCCUUCUGGAGGAGGACGAGAUUGACAUCGUGGGUGAGGUCGAACACGAGUCCGCGGGACCUUACGUAGACUUAAGAUGCGGGGCCGAAUUGGACUCCUCCGGAGCGGACUCAUCCGCGGAGAGCGAGAGCAGCUUCUGUUCCGGGAAGGCAGGUGCGAGUGGAAGCCUGGUGAAACCUCCUUACUCCUACAUUGCCCUCAUUACCAUGGCCAUUCUGCAGAGCCCCGUGAAGAAGCUCACUUUGAGCGGCAUCUGCGACUUCAUCAGCAACAAGUUCCCCUACUAUCGCGACAAGUUUCCGGCUUGGCAGAACUCCAUCCGCCACAACCUGUCGCUCAACGAUUGCUUCAUCAAGAUCCCGAGGGAGCCGGGCAACCCCGGGAAGGGCAACUACUGGUCCCUUGACCCGGCCUCGGAGGACAUGUUCGACAACGGCAGUUUCCUAAGGCGCAGGAAACGAUUCAAGCGGAACCAGCCCGAGUGCGGGAAGGAUGGACUCGUGCUCUACUGUCGGCCCUUCGGGCAACCGUAUUCGCUGCAGGGGCGCGUCAACCCGGCUGCUGUGAGCUACGUGCCCCUCCAGGACAGCGUCGUGAUGCCUUCGUCGUCCUAUCACUCUUUGCCUCAAUCUCAGCGCGCGUGCGCUGGACACAAAGAGUUUGGAACUUCAAUAACAACAGAGCCCAUCAGUCGAGGCGCAGAGGCCAAGUGCUCCUUUAGCAUAGACUCCAUCAUGAGCAAACCGACUCUCUCUAGUGGGAGUUGCCACCAGAACUCCCUGGUUUACCCCCGAUUUUUGUCAAAUCACGCGGCCUACUUAGUCCCUACACUUCUGCAGAACCCCACAACCCCUUUUGGGGCCCAUGCCCGCUUGCUUAGUGGGGCCUCUUUAAUAAGUGAGCAGUUAAGACCAUCAUAUUCAAACUGCUGA